GACGUUUGCGUGCGUGCAAUGCUUGCCAGCGGGUUGGAUACCGAACGGAAAGUUGGUCAGUUUGCGAGCCUAGAGGGCAGCAGCAGUGCAGUCUAGUUCACCAGUGAAUCCGGCCUCACCUGCAGGCCCAUGCAGACUCUUCCUGAGGCCUUGUCUUGUUAGCAGACCAAGAGGCAGGGCAGUAAGGAACAGCUGGUCAUGGCUACUCCUUUUGUGCCAGUGCCAGUUCCGAUGGACUGCACCCAGUCAGACAGGGGCUCGUCCCGUACCUGGCGGGCCUCCUCACUGGGCAGCACCUCCACCAGUUCCAGCUCCCCCUCCAGGGGCCCUGGGGAUGAGUCGGGCUACGAAAAGCAGCCAGGGCUAAACGGCCCUGGUUCUCCAAUGGAGAAUUCAAGUGGCUCCCAACUGGAUAAGGGGUCUUUGGUGUCAAGCUGGGAAGAACGACCCCUCACCCCUACCCUGCUGGGCUAUGAGGUCAUGGAGGAGCGUGCCAAGUUCACUGUGUAUAAGAUCCUUGUUAGGAAGUCCAAGAUGGAAAGCUGGGUCAUCUUCCGGAGGUACACAGAUUUCUCCAGGCUGAAUGAUAAGCUUAAAGAUAUGUUUCCUGGGUUUCGACUUUCCCUGCCACCCAAGCGCUGGUUUAAAAACAACUACAACACGGAUUUCCUAGAGGAUCGACAGCUUGGUCUACAGGCUUUUCUGCAGAAUCUUGUGGCACACAAGGACAUUUCCAACUGUGUGGCUGUGCGGGAGUUUCUGUGUCUGGAUGACCCACCGGGGCCCUUUGAUAGUUUGGAGGAGAGCCGGGCUUUCUGUGAAACCCUUGAGGAGACUAACUACCGUUUGCAGAAGGAACUCAUUGAGAAGCAGAGGGAGAUCGAGUCCCUCAAGAAGAUGCUGGAGGAGAAGCAGCUACAUAUAGACCUUUUGGAGAAAAGGAUAGGUGUGGUGUCCCUCAGUCCAGAGAGCUUGGAAAGCCCCUGCAGACUGUCUGGUCUGGGCAGCGAGAGCAGUGUGGAUGGUGAUGCUGAAGUGGAUGUGGAAUGCUCAGCGGUGGAGGCGGACCAGGAGAUAGACGAGGACAAUGGCUGUGAGAUCCGUUCAUCUGAGAAGAGGCAUGGGGCCUGCUGGAGUGCACCAGCCACUAGCCUCUCCCCACCUGUCCUGCAGGUGGGCCAAGCAGAGAAGGUGCUUGAGGUCCAGCUGGAACACUGACACAGUGUUUGCACUGUCCAGCAUUCCCAGAGAUGUCCUGUUUUAAGUCUGUCCUGUUCAUGUGUCAAAAUUGUCUGUAGCUCUUGUUCUAGCUUUGGUCUCAACUAAAGGGAGCUGGACCUUUGCUUCAGGGACACAACAGGACCUUUGAUUGCCCUCCUCAAACAAGGUUGCUGGUGUUCCACAUGACUGCUAUGCUGGGGAGAUGUUUCAAGAGUAGAAAACUGGGUUGCUCUGUUCUCCAGACUUCAAGCUGCAAAAUGUUGGGAGGAUCCUUCAAGCCACGACGCACACCUUCUAAACUGCUAAUGUAGAAGAGCUCCCAGUGGAUGUAUGGGAUACUUCUGUUUUCAUUUUGAGCCUCUUUCCUUCAGUUUGCACAGCAGAGUUGGAGCUGCUGCCAUUAAUUACAUGGAUAUCUGGGGUGGCUUUAGUGGUUUAGUGCAAAUGGUGACUAACACUGACAAGUUGGCUACUGGUCAAGUGAAACCAGGUGAAGGUGAUGUAUAUAAACUGGUACUAAAGUGUGUGUUACUGAAGAGGAACAUGUGCUUUUAGGCUGAAUGUAGAGACCUAAUAUUAAACUGUUUGUUAUGAGUCAAAACAGCAUCAUAGCAGAACCACAAAGAAGUGGAAAGGUGAAACCAAAAAAGCUUUGUAAACUUUUGAUGAUUUUUUUCCUUUGAACUUGAUAAUACUACACUCCUUUUUGAAGUUUGACGCUUCAUUCACACAGAUGAAGAGGGAAUAAAACUGAGUACACUGCAGUCAUUUUUAUAUUAGAAUGAAUUUUGUGUACAGUGUUUGUCAUGCAUCACAUGUAAAUGUAUAUU